AUGCGGCGAUUCUCAACCGCAGUCGCCAUUACUGAUCCGCUGGUCAAGUACCAGACACUGGUCAAGACUGGCGUAUAUUCUCCGGAUCCAGCCCAGCACAGACUGGCGAGGCACUUGCGAGACGUUUACCUGCGCCUCAAAGAUUACUCGCCGCCAGUGGGAUGCCUCGAUAGGCUGGACCGAGUCGCUCGCCUCGCGGAACCCCAGCUUCCCGACGAUGCGGAAGCGGGCAGCAUUCUCGCCCGACGCCGCCACAGCAUCUGGGGCAACCCUCUCUUCAAGCACUUGAUUCCGCCCGCAGCGGAUCGAGACCGCCUGGCUCUUGUUCGUCGUCUCAACAACCACGAACUGGCCAUUGACAUUGACUCGCCCAGGGGGCUGUUCCUGUCAGGGGAAGUAGGGACGGGAAAGUCGAUGCUUCUGGAUCUGCUGGCGGACGGUUUGCCCACCCGUCGGAAAAGACGGUGGCACUUUGACGCAUUCAUGCUGUAUGUCUUGUCGCAGCUCGAGAAGCACCGGCAGUCAUGCAGCAGCGGCCCAGUCGGCCGCGAUGCGGAGUUCUCAUUGGUCUGGAUGGCCAAGAAGCUCGUGGACGAGACGCCAAUCCUCUUCCUGGACGAAUUCCAACUACCAGACCGGGCUGCCAGCAAAAUCCUCAGUCAUCUGUUCGUUGCCUUUUUCCAGCUGGGCGGCGUUCUCGUCGCGUCGUCCAACCGCGUGCCUGAAGAGCUGCAGAAGGCUACGGGCAUAGACUACUACACCACUGGCCCGUCAAAGGGACUGAUGAGCAAGCUUUUUGGGAGCCGCUCCCGGUGCAAAGGAGAGCUUUGCGGGCAAAGCAGCGACUUUGCCAACUUCCUGGAGGUGUUAAAGGCACGUUGCGAUUUCUGGCAGAUGGAGGGCGCCACGGAUUGGAGACGGAAGGAGGAGAUGAGCCGCAAGGCCACUGCUCCCGGCGUGACCGCUGCCGACACGACCGCUCCCGACAUGACCGCUGCCCCUGCAGUCCUGGCGUCGGGCGGCGAGGAGGCUGGUGGAGCGGAUGGCGACGAUGGCGGCCGCCGCAUGCUCCCGCACAACUACUACUUGCAUCAGGAUGGCGAUGCGACUCUUGCGUUUGACGAGCGAGUUCGACACGUCGUUGGCUGGCGCACCCCCGGACCUAUUCCGUGGCAAUCUUGCUCGCUCACCGUUUACGGUCGUCGAGUGGUCACGCCACGCCACUACAACGGCUCUGUCUGCUGGACCUUUGGCGAACUCGUCGAAGCCCUCGGCCCGGCAGACUACAUCACCAUGGCCUCGUCCUACCACACCUUUGUCGUCGACAGAGUGCCCGUUCUGACAGUCGUGCAGAAGAACGAGGCCCGGAGGUUCAUCACGCUCCUGGACGCGCUCUACCAAGCCCGCUGCAAGCUGCUCGUCCGAGCGUCAGGUCCGCCGGACGGCCUCUUCUUCCCCGAGAGCCGAGCGCCACCCAGGCACCCCGGCAACGAGGACGGCAGAGACGCGACCUAUUCCGAGACCAUGGCCGAGGUGUACCAGGACCAGACGUCGCCGUUCCGCCCCAACGUGUCCUGCUACGACGCCGGGCCCCCCGCCUCACGGUACGACGCGGACCAGGACGCCGGCUUUGGCCUCGGCAGGAAGGAGGGCGUGGAUUUCGGCAACGCCGGCGCCUUUACCGGGGAGGACGAGCGCUUCGCGUACAAGCGUGCUGUUUCGCGAUUGUGGGAGCUCUGCAGCGCGGCGUGGCACGCUCGAACCGGCGACUGGUGGCAGCCGCUACCGGCCGAGGCGAGACAUUGGGAGGGCGGAGCCGUCUCGCGCCGGCCUGCCGAGCCAGGAACGCCGGCCGCCAAGGCAGACGCGAGCGAGAGCAUGGGGGGAAGCACAGAAACUCACGUAGCCGGGCUUUCGCGAUGGAAAGUCGACAGCCUCUGCAAGCAGUCCGGCCAUCAGUAG